AUGGCCUGGGGAGCUCCUCGUGGGGUGGAUGAUCUCAUCGCCAAGCUGAAUGACAACUCAACGGCAAGCACCAUGUGCAUCCUGAGCACGAGAAAAUUCGGCCCGUCAGAAGCGGCGGCCUUCUCGGCCGCUCUGUCCGGCAACACAUCCCUCACGGAGCUCCUCGCCUCGGGGCACCCCUUGGAAGUCGCCGGGGCGUCGGCCUUUGGCCAAGCCUUGUCGAGGAAUACCACGCUUCGAUCGCUCUGCGUGGGGGACAACGAUUUCGGCGACGAGGGCGUGAUCGCGCUGGUGGAAGGCUUGAAGCGGAACCACGGGCUCCUCGUCCUCGAUCUCGAGUACAAGUCCAUUGCCUCCGGAGAGGGGCUGCGCACCCUUCUCGAGACACACCCUACGUUAGCGGACCUAAGGCUAGGACGCAACCAACUGGGUGAGGCCGGGAUGAAGUCCCUGUCGGCCGGCCUCUCCCUGAACUCCACCCUCCUCCGUCUCGACGUCUCCGGCAACCAGCUCAACGCCGCGGCCGCGGAAGCUCUCGGCCGCGCUCUAUGCACCCAUCGCCCGGCCGCCAUCGGAAACCAGACCGGAACAAGCGCCGUUGGCGGGAGCGACGGCGGGGGCGGCGGCGGGGGCGGCGGUUCCACCCCCCCCCCUCCCCUUGAGUUCCUGGAUGUUUCUAGAAACCCCCUCGGGGACGAGGGCGGCGCCGCGCUCUUCCGGGCCCUGGCGACUUCGCCGACGCUCACGGGUCUAGUUCUGGCGGAGGCGAAGCUCGGACCCCUGGCCGCGGCCGCCCUCGCCGAGGCUCUCGUUCCUCCUCCUGCUUCCCCUCUGCCGGGAGGUGGCGGGCCGUCAGGCCCCGCAGAGCCAGAUUCCGGGGAAAUGACUCCUUUGCCACCACCACCACCGCCGCCGCCGCCGGCGAACGGGGGAGGCCUGCAGAAGCUCCAAGCCCUCGACGUCUCGAAGAACGAGCUCGGGACGGGGGGGGGCGCAGAGGUCGCGGGCGCGCUCUCCCGCGGCGGAGCCCCCCGCCUCGAAACGCUGUCGAUGGCGUACAACGACGUCGGGGACGACGGGGCGGCGGCGCUCGGCAAGGCGGCGGGGCCGCGGCUGGCGGUGCUGGAUCUGAGCGGGAACGCUCUCGGCGGGGCCGGGAUCGGGGCGGUGUUGUCGGCUCCGGGCCUGCGGGAGGCAAAGCUAUUCCACAACGCUUGCAAGGAUGAAGGGGUUCCGCUGGUGUUGGAGGCAUUGCUGGCCGGCGGCACGUUGCAGACGCUGGACCUCGGCGCCAACGGCCUCACCGGUGCCGGAUUCGAGAUGCUUCUCCCUGGGCUGGCCGCCUGCAGCUCACUGCAAACCUUGGAGGUUGGUGCGAACUCGAACGACGAAAGGGCAGAAGAGGCGGUGCGAAGAUCCCAGGGCAGCAACCCGGCCCUCGACAUUGCCUUCAGGAGGGGAGGGGAGGCCAUGGAAGGCUCGGGGGCCCCGCCCGGCGUUGGCAUCGGCGGGGGUACUGCCGGUGGCCCGGGGGCGGCGGCGUCUUGGCAGACUCAGUAG